AUGUGUCUGGUCCAUAGGGGGGAUUAUAGUUUUACUUUUUUUUUUGCCUCCCAAUUUCACUAUAAGGGUCUGACACACUGUUGUAGAGAGAGGAGAGGGAGAAGAGCAGCAGAGCCUGAACUAUCCAAGACGCUGUUAAAUGGAGUUUCUUUGGAGAUGGACAGACUGAUGAGGGUGGAGAGACAAAAGUUUCCUUUCACUAUUGAAAACAUCCUGAGAAAAUACCCUAACAGUAAUGGGGACAUACAGUCAUGUGGAACAAGUGGUGUUGGACUAAAAGACAAGGCAGUGAGUCCUGCUGGAGGCCAAACGGACACUGUUCAUCACACCUGCCUGUGCUGCUGCUACUGCUCCCACUGUGGAGACAUAUUCCAGACUGAUUUCAUGCAUGAAGCCUGUCAGUAUGGAUGGCCCACGGCGUUGCUCUCGGACCCAUGCAGGCUGGGAGAGGCUCAUAGAGAAGAGCAGUCGUCCGGUCAGAUGCAGAGGCGGACCAGACGUCACCGCACUAUUUUCACUGAGGAGCAGCUGGAUGCACUGGAGGAACUGUUCCUGCAGAACCAGUAUCCAGAUGUGAACACGAGGGAAAGACUAGCACAGCGUACUCACUUAAGAGAAGAAAGAGUAGAGGUUUGGUUUAAAAACCGAAGAGCAAAGUGGAGGCGCCAGAAACGACUUACAUUUACUGUGGGAAACACAGAAAACUAA